CUUGUUUUCUUAACUUUUAUAUGUUGUAGAGUCACAAUGUCGCCAGAAAGUGCGGUAGAUCAAGAUGUUUCGACCGAAUUAUCAACUCUUGGUUUGACCGAUACCGAAAAUUAUUCUAAAGCUUUGACUGGUAUAGAUAAUGCUACUGCUGGAAUAGGUUCUGCUGAAACUGUGACUGAAGUAGACAAAGAUACAGCUGGAAUAGAUUCCGAAUUGUCGGAUCUAGCGCUGGAUCUAAUUCUUCUCUCCCAAGAGCUGGUUAAUACUAAACUAAAGCUGGAACAUUUGACCAAGUCUGGUUGGAUGGAGAUGGCGAAAGCAAGAUAUAUCCUUGGUCCUGCAUCUGUCAGUGCAAUUCAAUUACCCUCAGCUGAGCAGGAGAAACCGGUUCUAGCAUCAAAACAAAUAUUCCGAAGUGAAUGCCUUAGGGGUGACGGAAAUGUCCGUUACAACUAUUUCUCCCUCGCUGAUCCUUCUACUUCCGGUGUAGAAGUACCCGAGGGUGUUAGACUCCGGAAAUGCGAGGAGAAACCCGGAAGUGGAAUUGAAGAAAUUGUUCCUGAGAAAAGUUUGUGUGUAGAUCCAAUCCGUUGGUUCGGAUUCAUGCCACCAGAUCCUCUCAAGAAAUCUCAGAAAUGGUUUAGUAUGAGUGUAGAGAGUAUCCUUGAGAUUUCGAAUAUCCAGAAUGAGAUGAGAGGUGUUCAAGAUAGAAUUAAAUAUCUCAGGAGGCAGAGAGGAAAGGAGAUAAAAUCCUUGGAUUAAGUUUUUAUUAUUGCGAAAAAGAGCUUUUGAUCCAUUGUGAUUUGAUGUUUGUGAUUUAGAUUCAUUUUAUUUUUAUACUUUACAACUGCUUCGUGUUUCGUGUCUAAAAUCUAUUGUUUGUGUUAUCUAGAAUAAACCAGCAGAUUACC